AUGUCUGUCGUUACUUACGAAAAACCGUUGCAACACAUCAGCUUAGCUGAUUGGUAUGCAAAACAAUGGCAAAUGCAACAGACGAAUGAUACAAGAAGAAACGAUUCAUUCUGUUUAAGACAUGAAUUAAGACAACUAAGAAACGAGACCAGAAUUAGAACAGAAUGGGACACUUAUCACAACAACGUCAGAUUGGCAGACAGAAUUACAGAAACUGAUAGAUGGAGAGAUGUUUUAAUUUCUUGUUUGGAUAGAUUGAAUCACGAAAUUAAAUUACUUAAAGAUGAAAAAUUUGACACUGAAAGAGAACUGGAUGCCCUUGGAAUUCCUCUCGGUAUUAUUUCGGAAUGCAUUUCUAUGAGAGAUUGUAGACAAGGUACGGAACUCACUUACGAUGAGGCAGAUACCGAAUUAAAAAAGGAACUUUGUUUAGUAGAAAAUGUAAAAAAAAUGUUAGUAGAAAGAUGCCAGUCCGCAUGGGAGAAGCUAAACAAAUUAGAAGAAGUGAAAUUUUAUCUCAAUCUUGAUAUUAACGAUAAAACUGAAGCUUAUGAAAUCGACAAAGAUCAAUUGACUUUGGACAAGAACUGUGCCAAUAUAACUUUUAAAAUAGAUCCUUUACGCAUUGUUAAAGGCUCAGUACCUUACGAAACGUGGCUAGAUCAUACCAAAAACACAAAACAAAUGGCAGACAACGAACUAACAGAUACAUUAAAACUACGGGAAUCUCUUUUCGUUGUCAGAGAAAGGGCUCGGAACGAUAUGUUGGCACAAAGAGAUAGAGUCGAUUUUACUUUACGUAAACGUAUUUAUGACAUACAAAGAGUGAGGAACGAGGUUGAAUGGCAACAAUUGAAAAUGAGAGAAGAAAUGGAAAAAGUACUAAAGGAAAUACAAGAUUUGGAAAUUGCCCUAUUAGCGAAAACCGAUGCAUUAAAAUUGGCUGAAACAAGAUUAGAGAAUAGAUCCUACAGGCCGGGAGUUGAGCUUGCUCGCGAUGAAGUAGAAAAAGGUCUGAAAGAAGAAGUUCUUCAGUUACGCCAAACACGCAAAGACUUACAAGACAAAAUCAAUUGUGCCAAAGCUACUUACAACGCACUCGAAGAUCAGCAAGUUAGAAUAGACAAUAAUCUACUGGAUAAAGGUCAGGGGUUGAUGACGGAUUUAAGAUGUUUGGAUCUUAGAAUCCGAUUGAGAACCGGAGAAUUUGCUGGACCGGCGACUUCGACAGAUAGAAAUAUUCAGUUAACCAGAAUGGAAAAGGAAAUACCGCCAUCUUAA